AUGGCUAAAUCGAACAAAGACUGCUUAUCUUAUAGGGAUACGCUGGACACGUCUGUACGGCUUAGGUACGACAACAAACUAAAAUUAAUUGAUGGUAAUGAUCCGUAUGAACUAAAGAAUUGGUCAGACAAUGUGGACAUUUUGCCAGGUAUAACAUACAUGGACAUUGUGAAUUAUCUUUUAUUUACUCCAAGUGCAUACACUGCUGAUGAUUUGAAAAGUUAUAAAGGACUCGACGCCUACAACCAAUUUGUAUGUGGAUGGGUUAGAGAGAGAACUGCCAUCGGAUUUGAAGAACAAGUUUUAGUAACUGCAAAGGUUCUUCAUUCACAAAGAUUGAGGGAAAAACCGCUGCGACCAUGGGUAAUUUCACAUAAAGAUGGUGUUGUCAAGGGCACCCAUUGUACAUGCAUGGCCGGCCUCGGAGAAGCGUGUACCCAUAUUGCGGCUCUGCUGUUUUCCAUAGAGGCCACUGUACGGAUACGGAAUUCAGCAACUGUGACUGAAAGGCCUGCCUACUGGAUGUUGCCAGCAGCCAUAAAAAAUGUGCCGUAUAGCCAGCUUACCGACAUUAAUUUUACCUCUGCAAAAGGUUUAAAAAGAAAAUUAGAUGACAAUAUUGAUCAGAUAUAUGAUACUCCACAGGCAUCAACUUCUGCGGUUUGUUCAAAGCUUCUUCCACCGUCACCACAUGAACUGGACACCCUCUUCAAAGAACUGCACUCGACAGGAACAAAACCAGUUCUGUUGGCUACAAUUGAGCCAUACUCAAACUGGUAUAUUCCAAAACCUAUAACAUCAUCGUUUCCCCAGAUGUUAACCGACUUGAAAGAUGACAGCUGUAUGAACAUGGAGUAUACAAAGUUACUCGAACUCUGUGUUAAUAUCAAAGUACAAACAAGUCCUGAACAAGCAAAGGAAGUAGAGAUUGCCACCCGUACGCAGUCUCAAUCAAAACUGUGGUAUCGAUUCAGGGCAGGAAGGAUAACGGCAUCAAAUGCCAAGUCGGCAUGCAACACCAAUGUUUUGAAUCCAGCUAAAAGCCUGGUGAAGACCAUAUGUUAUCCAGAAUCGUCAACAUUUUCUAACGAAGCUACUCGGUGGGGAUGCAAGCAUGAAAAAACUGCAAAGGCAGACCUUCUUGAGAAAAUGGCCCCAUUUCACGAAAAUUUGAAAAUCGAGGAUAGUGGUUUUAUUAUUAGCACCGACUUCCCACACCUUGGAGCUUCACCGGAUGGGGUAGUAUCCUGUGACUGUUGUGGGAAGUUCUGUUUAGAAAUAAAAUGUCCAUUUUCAGUCCGAGAGAAUUCCUUGGACAAAUGCUGUGACCCAAAGUUCUUCUUAGGAAAAAACGACAAUGGCAUUAUACAACUGAAAAGAGAUCAUGCAUACUUCUACCAGUACAUGAUGUACUGCCGGUCAGCAUAUUGUGUAUUUUGA